AUGGAGGUUGUGGGCGAGCUGGCGAACAAGGUCCAGGCUCUGGGGCCAGCGACCGCUGCGUCGCUCGUGGUGGCGGCUCUGCUGGCCCUGUGGCUCCUGACGGAUGCAGUAAAGGGCCUCGUCGGCGGGAAGCGCCCCCCGGUGCUCGCGGGCAUCCCCAUCAUCGGAGGAAUGCUGAAGUUCGCAAAGGGCCCCCUCCCGCUGAUGCAAGAGGGGUACAACAAGCUGGGCGACGUGUUCACGGUGUCCGUGCUGCACAAGCGCAUCACGUUCCUCCUCACCCCGAGCGUCGUCGAGCACUUUUUCAAGGGCACCGACGACGAAGUCUCCCAGAAAGAGGUCUACGGCUUCAGCGUGCCGGUGUUCGGCAAGGACGUCGUGUACGACGUGGACCACACCGUGCGCGCCGAGCACUUCAAGCUCUUCACCGAGGCCCUCAAGACCGACAAGCUGAGGUCGUACGUGACGAUGAUGGUUGAGGAGGCCGAGUCGUUCUUCCGCGACCGCUGGGGGGAGUCCGGGGAGGUCGACCUGUUUGAGGAGAUGGCGGAGCUCAUCAUCCUCACGGCGUCGCGCACGCUCAUGGGCCCGGAGGUCCGCGGGAAGAUGUUCGCGCAGGUCAAGGACCUGUACCACGACCUCGACAAGGGGCUGCAGCCGAUCAGCGUCUUCAUGCCCAACCUGCCCAUCGCCGCGCACCGGAAGCGCGACGCGGCGCGGAAGAAGAUGAGCGCGCUGUUCUCGGAGAUCAUCGAGCAGCGGCGCAAGGAGGGGCGCGUCGAGAGCGACGUGAUGCAGGUCUUCAUGGACCGCGAGAUGAAGGACGGCAGCAAGCUCACCAACGACCAAAUCACAGGCAUGCUGAUUGCCGUGCUGUUCGCCGGGCAGCACACGUCCUCGAUCACCUCGACGUGGCUCGUGUACGAGAUCCUGAACCAGAAGGACAAGCUGCUCCCGGAGCUCCUGGACGAGCAGAAGAAGAUCGUUGCUGAGUUUGGAGACAAGCUCGAGUUCUCGGUGCUGCAGAAGAUGGACAGCCUGCACCGCUACAUGUCCGAGACGCUGCGGAUCCACCCGCCGCUGCUGAUGCUCAUGCGGUACGCGCGCGAGCCGUUCGAGGUCACCACGUCCAAGGGUCAGACUUACACUAUUCCAAAGGGGGACAUCCUCAUGGCGAGCCCGACGUUUUCGCACCGCAUCGAGGACACGUACCCGGACGCGCUGUCGUUCCAGCCGGACCGCUUCAAGCCCCCGCGCAGCGAGGACAAGAAGCCCUUUGCGUGGAUGGGCUUCGGCAACGGCCGCCACAGGUGCAUGGGGGAGCACUUUGCCUACAUGCAGGUCAAGACCAUCCUGAGCGUGAUUCUGCGGAAUUUCGACCUCGAGCUGACGACGCCGUUCCCGGAGCCGGACUACGAGGGCAUGGUCGUGGCGCCCAAGGCGGCCAAGGUCAAGUACACGCGCCGGAAGCUCGUGGCGUAA